AUGCGAACCAGAGCGUCGACAGCGAACGAAAACCACCACCAGCAGGUCGCCGGCCGCACCGCCGGUCUCACCACCCUCUCAAGGCAGGAUGUAGAGGAUGACCUAUCCUCCAUCGAUGGCUCCGCUCUCACCGACGACGACGGUGACACUGUGAUGGGCGACGAUGAAAGUAUGAUGGGCGACGACGACGAGCGUCCGCAGACACCACCCCGCUUUGGCUCCUACGACCCCGGCUCGGUCCUCCUGACCCCCAACAAGAACAAGCCGCGCGGUCAGAGCCACGCGCAGCCCGCGGAUGACGGACUUCGCCACUCCAACCACGGCACUCGCAACAUCAACGACCGCGUUGCCUUCCUGCGCGACCCCUCGCUCGCAGUCAUCUCCCAGCCAGCGGCGCCGAAUGGCGAGGGCGAGGAGAGACCAGCGACCGACCGCAAGCACAACAAGAACAAGCGACUGGUCUUCAAGGAAGAGCCUUCUGUGCACCUCAUUCCCGCCCGUUCCUCCAGCGACGAGAACAGUGAGCCCGGGCCGUCGGAACCACAGGCCGGGCCAUCCACUUCCGACGGCUCUCGCGCCUCCCAGGAGGAUGGCGGCGGAUUCACAUCGGAGUGGAACGGUUCUGUGCGCUGGUACCACGACGAUCACGGAACCUUCGUACGCGACGGCUCGCUCCCUCCAGAGUACUACUCUCACUGGGGGUUCCCGAGGGAGUUGCAGCCUCCGCGCGCCGACUCCUUGCAGCGCCCGCCCGAGCGGUCGCCUCCGCCGCGCCUCCAGAGGACGGACACCGAACUAGUCAUCGACGAACCUCAGCCGUCGCGCCAGGCCCAGCGCGCGCAACCGGCGCGUCGUGCACCCGGAGCGCAGCCGAUCGCCCGAGAGCAGUCGAUCAUCCUAGAGCGGGCUCCCACUUCUCGCAAGAAGCAGAAGGAUGCGCAACAGCUGCCUACCCCGAGGCGGAGUGAGAGGAUCAGGAUCCGCAUGCUCACAGCACGCCAGUAA